AUGGAGCCCUUUCGCGUGCGCCUCAACUGCAUCGACCAUUAUCAGGCGAUCGCGUCGGAGCUGGAUCCUCCACUGCCUAUUCGGGAUGGCGUCUUUGAGAAAGAUUACAGGCCUAGGGUGCCUGUCAUCAGAGUCUUUGGAGCCACCGAAACAGGUCAACGGGUCUGUGUACAUGUUCAUGGAGCAUUUCCAUAUCUCUACAUCGAAUACAAUGGGUCCUUGGCGCCCGAUGCGGUAAGCGCGGCUAUCAGGACACUGCAUCUCUCCAUAGAUCAUGCCUUGGCUGUCAGUUUUCGCCGAAAUGCCUACGACAGGAAGACUGCUUUCGUGGCACACAUCACCUUGGUUAAAGGAACCCCCUUCUAUGGCUACCAUGUCGGAUACCGAUUCUUUCUUAAAAUUUACCUCCUCAACCCAACUUACAAAGGCCGCCUUGCCGAUCUUCUGCACCAGGGAGCUGUCAUGAAGCGGCCACUACAACCCUACGAGAGUCACCUGGGGUACGUUCCUCAAUGGAUGUGCGAUUAUAAUUUGUCCGGCUGCAGUUACAUGGACUGCAGAAUGGUCAGAUUUCGGUCACCGGUGCCAGAGUAUCUGGAAAUGAAUAACUUGACCCACCGAUGGCAUGAUCGAACGAUCGACCCAGAAAGUAUACUCGAUGGGCCAGCCCUCCAGAAGCAAAGCCACUGUGCGCUGGAGGUAGAUAUUUGUGUCCAAGACAUCUUGAAUCGAUCUCAUGUCAAGGAGCGCCCUCUUCACCACGACUUCAUGGAAAUGCUCCGGCCGGCCAUCAUAAAUGAGCGCUUAGUCCCAAGUGUGGCUAUUUUAUGGGAAGAUGAGACAAGGCGGCGCAAGAAAAGAAUGGGAAUCGUUGACCCUGGAAAUACGCCGUUCGCUCCGGAGGAGCUGAUCUCGAUGUCUGCUAAUUCAAGGGACCAGACCAGAGCUGGCUGGGUUCACGAAGAUGAAUUUCAUGAGAUGGCUCGGCAAAUUGCUUUGGCAGAAAAGGAGGACGCCGAGGAGAAGGACACCUCGCUUGAAGACUUUUUGGACCCAAACCAAUAUGAGAAGAAUGUCAAGACCUCAUUGAGCAGUGUUGAAGACUUUUAUCCGGACAAGAUCGACAGUUUUACAAUAGAAAACCAACCGCAGGUACCCGACGAUGCAGUAAAGGUUUCUGUUGAUGAAAGCCUUGCAUUAUCCUCUCAGCCUGACGACAGCUUUCUUUUCGAUCCCGAUCAUCCAGAUGGAGCACUAGAGGACACUCACGGUGCAGAAAACACUACAGUUGUGAACAACAUGGCUGAUGAGAGUUUCUAUGACGGUGUUUUUGAUGAAUUAUCAUCUAAUCUACCCUUCCGGCUGUCUGGUGAGAUGGAUCCUUUGGAUAUGGAAUCGGAUGACAGACAAGACAGCGAGUUACCCAGGCCAGAUGUUGAAUCUGCAGGCGAUUUGAAGGAAUACAACCGAGGAGGCCUAUCCCUCAAGCACUCUCUCGAUGACGGCUCUGGUAUCUAUAAACCAUCCUUCAAAAAGCCGAGGUUCUUUGUGGAACAUGACUCUGGCCCACACGACUCAGGCAUCUCUAGAGGAACAGGAGAGGGAGGAGAUAGACAACCUCUGCCCAAGAAUUUAUGUCUACAAAUUGAGCCUCCCGGGUCAGACCCCAAGUCGUCGUCAUCACAGAAGACUAUCCGGGCGAAGCAACAUAUUCCAGACAGCAGGUUGAAUUUUCCAGUCGUCAAGGAUCCCAAUGAUCCCUUGACCAUCUUACGUUUUAGUCAAGACGACUCACAACAUUCAAAGAAGGAGCAUGGACUGUCUCAGCAAAUAUCAAACCCUUUCCCCUCGGGAUCAGCUACAAGUGCAUCGGGACAAGCUAGCGCGCUUCGCGGUUCUUCAGCUCUCCCAUCCUCUUCGACAAUCGUGGAGGCAGCCAUACUCGAUCCGCAUAUUGCAGAACUGACAGAAAAUCUCAGAAAAUCAUUUAAAUUUUCGCCCGAUAGUACUCUGGCCGUUUUCAGGUUUGCGGGCCCAAGCUCGACCGAGGUCCCCAAAACUAUGAAUGACUAUGGUAGACCAUCUGUUGUCUAUCAGAAAGCAUACUAUUCUGAGGAAGUAGAUGUUCCUGAAAGACCACGAGAAUAUGCCGGCCGGGAAUUUCGACUUGAAAGCGACACAAUACAUUUUCUCCCCGAGUUUGAUCCAUUGGGAGACUUACCUGCGAUUUUUGGAGAGCAAUGCACAGUUCCCUUUGACCGUGAGAAUCAACAAAAAGUUGACCAGCAGAUGCGAGAGUCUUGCACUGCUAGAGUCUGGGAAUUUGCAGCAGUACCCCCCAGCCGCUCUGAAGUCAUCGAAUGGAUCGAAAGCACCCAAGCGAAUACCAUGAAAAAUUCCGCACCCGAAAAGCCGGCCCCUUCGAAGAUUGAGACAAAGGUGGAUGCCUUGUCGCAGAUCGAAGGGCCCACCCAAAAACCUAUGGAAUUCAAAAAUUCUCAGAAAGCAAAGACAAGCGUGGAGCACCAGGCGCAGUAUAUGAGCACCAUGAGCUUGGAAGUUCAUUCUGAGGAUGAUGAGAUCGAGGUUAACAGUCACAUUCCUGGCGUCCAUGUUGGUAUGAUCUAUCAAGGCGAAGGGGAGCCCCCUGUAGCUAAGAUCUCUAAAACGUUACGGGUCGAAAUUGAGCACGAGCCAACAGAGCUGGAUAUGAUCAACAGAUUGGUUGAUAUCGUUCGUCAUCUUGACCCUGACAUCAUCACAGGCUAUGAAGUACACAACGGUUCUUGGGGUUAUGUGAUCGAACGCGCGCGCAAAAAGUACGAUUUUGACCUCUGCGAGGAGCUGUCUAGGGUCAAGUCGCAAGCCAACGGAAAGUUCGGGAGAGAGGAGGACCGCUGGGGUUUUGAACAUGCUUCCUCUAUCCAAAUGACCGGCCGUCACAUGAUUAAUAUAUGGCGUGCCAUGAAAGGCGAGAUGAACCUGUUGCAGUACACCAUGGAGAACGUUGUGUUUCACCUACUGCACCGCCGGAUUCCGCACUACUCUCAUCGGGAUCUUACUCAAUGGUACCAAAGCGGACAGCCUCGCCAGGUCUACAAACUUGUGGACUAUUUCACCUCCCGGGUGCAAAUGAACUUGGAGAUUCUCGAAGCCAAUGAGCUUAUUCCUCGACUCAGUGAACAAGCUAGGCUACUGGGCAUUGACUUUUACUCGGUCUUCUCUCGCGGCUCUCAGUUCAAAGUUGAGUCCUUAAUGUUUCGAAUUGCCAAGCCGGAGAACUUUCUGCUUGUAUCUCCAAGCAAACAGCAAGUGGGACAGCAGAAUGCGCUUGAAUGCCUGCCGUUAGUCAUGGAGCCACAGAGCGACUUCUACACCAGCCCGCUCUUGGUUCUCGAUUUUCAGUCACUCUACCCUAGCAUCAUGAUUGCCUACAACUAUUGUUACUCGACAUUCUUGGGGAGAGCAGCAUCUUGGCGUGGUCGGGAUAAGAUGGGAUUCUUGGAUUACAAGCGACAACCCCGUCUUCUCGAGCUUUUGAAAGACAAGAUCAACAUUGCUCCAAAACGGAAUGAUACUGGUAUGAAGACUGAUAAAGACGACAAAAUUUUGCAACGUCUUCUCAACAAUCGGCAGCUGGCUCUCAAGUUGAUUGCGAACGUCACAUACGGAUACACCUCCGCCUCGUACUCCGGCCGAAUGCCCUGCUCCGAGAUUGCAGACAGCAUCGUGCAGUCAGGACGGGAAACACUGGAGAAAGCCAUCGCCUUCAUUCACUCAAUCGAACGAUGGGGCGCCGAGGUCGUCUACGGCGACACAGAUAGUCUUUUCGUGUACCUCAAAGGUCGAACUCGUGACCAAGCCUUUGAUAUCGGCGAGGAAAUUGCACAGGCAGUCACCGAAAUGAACCCUCGACCCGUGAAGCUCAAAUUCGAAAAGGUGUACCACCCGUGCGUACUACUAGCCAAGAAACGCUACGUCGGGUUCAAAUACGAGCAUCGCACCCAAACCGAGCCUGAAUUCGACGCCAAGGGCAUCGAAACCGUCCGCAGAGACGGCACUCCCGCCGAACAAAAGAUCGAAGAAAAGGCCUUGAAACUCCUCUUCCGAACUGCAGACCUCAGCCAAGUAAAGUCCUACUUCCAGCGCCAAUGCAGUAAAAUCAUGCAAGGCCGUGUCUCGAUACAGGAUUUCUGUUUCGCCCGCGAAGUUAAAUUGGGCACGUAUAGUGAACGUGGCACAAUGCCCGCCGGCGCAAUGAUUAGCACGAAGCGCAUGCUCGAGGAUCCGCGCUUGGAGCCGCAGUAUGGUGAGCGCGUGCCAUAUGUCGUUGUCACCGGCGCACCUGGGUCUAGACUCAUUGACCGCUGUGUUGCGCCUGAGACGCUCUUACACGAUGCACAGCUUGAACUUGAUACGGAUUACUACAUUACCAAGAACCUCAUUCCACCCCUAGAACGCAUCUUCAACCUCGUCGGGGCAAAUGUUCGGCAAUGGUACGACGAAAUGCCUAAAGUCCGGCGUAUUCGGCGCGUGGAUAAUACGGCCUCGACUGUCUCACGACCGGGUAUGCAAUCCGGUGCGAUGAAAAAGACCCUUGAAUCGUAUAUGCGCUCUUCGUCGUGCAUUAUCUGUCGGGAAAAGUUGUUAGAUGCCGCUGUACCGCUUUGCGCAGAUUGUCUUUCUCGUCCGCAUAUCUCACUUCUGGAUGUCGUUUCGCGAUUACAGCGUGCUGAGAAACGGGUCGUUGAUCUUGAGGCUGUUUGUCGGUCUUGCAUGGGCGUUCCUUGCGGUGAUACAAUUGCGUGCAACAGCAUUGACUGUCCGGUUUUCUACUCUCGUACUCGAGAUGUGGCUCGCUUGAGUCAUACAAGAGGAAUCUUGGGACCUGUUGCUGAGUUAUUAGAGAGAAAAGGGGGACGAGGGGCUGGAUUGGUGAUUUAG